AUGGGCUACCAGCUAACCGAACCCCGCCGGUCCGCCGUGGGCAACUUUGUUCCGGCGGUACGUACCGGCAACCUGGUUUACACCGCAGGAACCGGCCCGGGACUACCAGGAGGCGGCUUCCUUCACGUGGGAAAGCUGGGGGCGGAGGUUACCAUUGAGCAGGGGUACGACUGCGCUCGGCUGACGAUGCUCAACCUGCUGUCCAAUCUCAAGGGCGAGAUCGGGGACCUGGACAAGGUGAAGCGGGUGGUGAAGUUGCUGUGCAUGGUCAACGCCGCCCCGGACUUCACGGACACGCCCCUGGUGGCCAACGGAGCCUCGGACCUGCUGGUCAGUCUUUACGGAGAACGCGGGCACCACGCCCGCUCGGCCGUGGGCAUGAGCACCCUUCCGGGCAGCAUGCCCAUAGAGAUAGAAAUGAUCGUCGAGGUGGAGGGCUAG